AUGGGUCGUAAGAAGAUCCAGAUCAAGCCCAUCACAGAUGAAAAGACACGCAAGGUGACCUUUACCAGACGUCGCAAUGGAAUCUUCAAAAAAGCGUAUGAACUCGGCAUUCUGUGCGACACAGAGGUCGUGGUCCUCAUGUUUGACGGCAAACAAAUGUGUCAUGUCUACAGCUCCGUCGAGAGCACCGAUGGACCACAGGAGCUGAUGCAAAAAUAUAUAACAAAGGAUUUCGCAACCGUUGAUCCGAUUCGCAACUAUGAUACCUCACCGGCCAUGCAAACAGAUGAUCCUGCACAGCCUGUCUGGCGCGUUGCUAGAGAACGCGUAGCUGUUGUCAAUACCUACAAUAUUGUUCCUGCAACCAACACGCCGAAUCCCAAUGGCAACGCAAGCGGGGAGGAAGACGACGAAGCCGAUCCAGAUGGUUCUGAACAGCUGAGCGUCAAGUCGAAACGCACAUACCACACCAAGACGGGCGAAGCGAAAUUCAACGGUGCAGCUAUGAUGAACACGCCUGCGUUGACGGAUGGACCCAAUUCACCGGCUGGCAAGCGUAGUAUGUCACCCGAAUCGAGACAGCGACCAUCACCGCAUAUCUCACAAGGCGCACACGCUGGACAACCACCUUAUGGUAUGCAGCAGGGCCUCGGUAUCUCUGGCAGUGGCUUCACUCCAUUGCUCAAGCCAGGUGAGCAAUUUGGCUCAUUGCUCUACCCACCGCAAGCUUCCGCUACCGGACGGAUGCAACAGAGUUACUGGCCUACACCCAGCAUGCUCUCUCCUGAGCAGCAAUAUUGGGUAGCUGCACAGGCUUCCCCCAAAGCAAAUAUGGGCCAACAGCAGCUACAAUACUUUCCCAAUCAGCAGGGCAAUUAUGGCUAUACUGAACAUCAGGGACCCAUGCGGUACAGUGCCUAUGAUACACCGCAAUUGUCGUCCUAUGAACAAGCUCAGCAGGGUCCACUGCACCCAACGCUGCUUGCGUCGCCGCAGCCGCGAGCGCCUGUUGGACGACAGCCUGCGUCCUUCAAUAACUUCACUUAUCCACCUCCUGGUCAACAAGAACCACAGCAGCAAAAGCAAAGCACCAAAGGUCCAACGUCAGCGCCACGACAAGCACCUGGCGUACAACGUCUACGACCGAGACGACAGCCGUCUGAAGCGCAGAGCGAGACGAGUAGUGUUGGCGAAGAGCAAGAAUAUGCUCAGCAACAGCAACCGCAGCGCUAUACAUACGCGUCACCCAAUCGAGCACAGCCUGUGACGUUCCAGCAUGCAACACCCAGGUCUCUUGCCAAUCAAAAUGGCAUGCAAGUGCGUCCUUCAUACAUUCAGCAUGGUCACUCUGAUGAAUCUGUUGCAGAGAUGUCGCGCACUGCUCCCAUCUCACCCAAGAAGCAAAAGACAUCUCGUACAGGCUCUGUUCCUGUAUCACCGCAGAAAUCAACUCGAGCUGCUGCAGCGUCGCCACAAAGGACCAUCUCGUCAGAGUACAUCCAGUCUGGACCUGCUUUAUCACCCCCACGACGCGUCACGCGCAGUCAAUCGCGCUCACCAGAACUCAAGGCGCGGACAUUGCCUGCGCUUGCACGAACAACGAGUCAAGGAAUGCGUCAAGUCAGCGACAAGGAGAAUGCAGAACCCAUGCAACAUGCUGCGUCGCAUCCUGGUAAAGAAGCUGCACCCUUCGGUGCGCAUGGGUCCGCAGCGGCCAGUAUCAUGGCUGGAUCGAGUAAACCCCGCAACAUGCAUUUACGUGGUCCAAGUCUAUUGGAUGAUAUCACGUUUGACCCAAUCACAGGUGCACCCAUGAUGGAUCCGACUGUGUUGAGUACCUGGCUCGGUGGUGCGAGUGGCCCAACGACGCCCGUCUUGGGCGCUGGUGGCCAAUUGGGCGACGCAGCCGCGCAGACUGGCAAAGGAUUGCUUGGCUUCAAGCAAUCAGAGACGAGUCAUGUGCGUGCUGAGAGCAAUGUCAGCGUAUCACAAUGGAUCCACAUGCCAACCGUCAAUGAGUGA